GGGAGCCUGUCAGCUGACAAGCAGUCGAAGUUCUGGUUUCACUCCAAAGAUGGCUUUGGGAACUGGCAGCUGUUUUGUAAUAGCCGCAUUUCUGUGGCAGCUACUUUUUCUGGUAGUGCUGGCUGGGCCAAUCCCAAGUGGUUCAGGAGGCUGUGGGUACCAAUCUUGCCCAGUGACCAGACCAGAAUUCCUGAAUGUACAUCUGGUGCCGCACACACACAACGAUGUUGGCUGGCUGAAAACUGUUGACCAGUAUUUUUAUGGAGCCCGCAACAACAUCCAACAUGCUGGUGUACAGUACAUCCUGGACUCUGUCAUACCUCAGCUACUUGCCGACCCAGCAAAACGAUUUAUAUAUGUGGAGAUUGCCUUCUUCUACCGCUGGUGGAAUCAGCAAAGUGAACAGAUGAGAAAGAAGGUCAAACAGCUGGUUAAUGAGGGUCGGCUGGAAUUCAUUAAUGGAGGCUGGUGCAUGAAUGAUGAGGCAGCCACACACUACAACCCCAUUAUUGACCAGAUGACACUAGGAUUUCAGUUUCUAAAUGAUACUUUUGGAGAAUGUGGUCGACCUCGUGUGGCAUGGCAUAUUGACCCAUUUGGACAUUCCCGGGAACAGGCUUCCCUCUUUGCUCAGAUGGGUUUCGAUGGAUGGUUCUUUGGACGCAUUGACUACCAAGAUAAAAAUAACCGUGAAACAAACAAGGAGAUGGAGCAAGUUUGGCGUGCCAGCACUAACCUGGAACCACCAAGAGCCGAUCUUUUCAGUGGUGUUCUUCCCAAUGGCUAUAAUCCACCUGAUUCUUUCUGCUGGGAUGUUCUCUGUUCAGAUAGUCCAAUAAUGGAUGACCCAAACCUGGAAGACUACAACGUUGAUGAUGUUGUUUCUACUUUUAUAAGCACAGCACAGAGCCAGUCAAAACAUUAUAGAACAAAUCACAUUAUCAUGACCAUGGGAUCCGAUUUCCAGUAUGAAAAUGCAAACUUGUGGUACAAGAACAUGGACAAAUUGAUCAAACAUGUCAAUGCUCAGCAAGCAAACUCCAGUAAGGUUAAUGUAUUCUACUCCACUCCAAGUUGCUACUUGCAGGAGUUGAACAAAGCUAAUUUAUCUUGGUCUGUAAAGUCAGAUGAUUUCUUUCCUUAUGCUGACGGACCACAUCAGUUUUGGACUGGCUACUUCACCAGCCGACCAGCUUUCAAACGCUAUGAAAGGAUGAGCAAUAACUUCUUACAGGUCUGCAACCAGCUGGAAGUCCUAGCUGGGCCAUUGUCUAAGCAGGGGCCAUAUGGCAAAGCUAGCAGCUUUGUUUUCAGGGAGGCGAUGGGAGUGGCCCAACACCAUGAUGCUGUCACUGGUACAGAGAAGCAGCACGUUGCCGAUGACUAUGCCAAACGCCUGACAGUAGGCUGGCUUCAGUGUCAGGUUUUGGUGAGCAAUGCUUUGUCGAGUCUGAGUGGAAGUAAACAGAACUUUGUAUUCUGCAACAAGCUUAACAUUAGCGUGUGUCCCCUCACAGAGUCUGCCAGCACUUUCUCAGUGCAGGUGUACAAUCCGCUGCCACGCCGCAUUACCUGGAACAUUCGGCUUCCAGUAAAUGGAACAGCUUACAACGUGUUGGGCCCGAAUGACAAAUCUGUGCCAAACCAGGUUGUUCCUGUAUCAAACUUUACAAAAAUGGUAAGAGAAAAUAAAGGAUAUGCUACAAGUGAGCUCCUGUUUCAGGCUACCAUCCCUGCUGUGGGAUUCAGCACCUAUACUGUUACCAAAGAAGCUGCUGGUAAGAUGAUUCAUCAAAGACGGUCAAAGUGGGUACAGCAGUAUAACCAGCAAAUGGAGAAAUCCAAGCAUCUCACCAUUACAAAUGAGCAUGUGGAGGUUUCCUUCAGUCCAGACACAGGAUUACUCAAAAUGAUCAGAAACCUUGAUAAAGGUAUCUCACUUAAUGUUGCCCAGAACUUUUUCUGGUACAAUGCCAGCGUUGGUAAUAGUGAGAGCAGUCAGGUUUCAGGGGCGUACAUAUUUCGACCUGACAGCAACAAACCAUUUCCUGUCUCCAGCUCAUUAGAGACCUACACAGUACAGAACGACCUUGUACAGGAGGUGUACCAGAACUUCUCAUCUUGGUGCUCACAGGUAGUGAGACUAUACAAAGGUCAGAGAUUUGUGGAAUUGGAAUGGACAGUCGGGCCAAUCCCUAUAGAAGAUAAUUGGGGCAAAGAAAUCAUCAGCCGCUUUGAUACGCCUUUGAAAACCAGUGGAAUCUUUUAUACAGACUCGAAUGGAAGAGAGAUUUUGCAAAGAAGGCGAGAUUACCGACCAACAUGGAAACUGGAACAGACAGAACCAGUUGCUGGCAACUAUUACCCAGUGAACAGCAGGAUUUUUAUCAAGGACAACAACGUACAGCUGACUGUAUUAACAGAUAGGUCACAGGGAGGCAGCAGCAUCACCGAUGGAUCACUGGAGCUUAUGGUUCAUCGUAGACUUUUACAUGAUGACGCUCGUGGGGUUGGGGAGCCAUUGUUUGAACCUGGUGAUAACAAUAAAGGUCUAAUUGUUCGAGGCAAACACAUACUUUACCUGGACACACCUGAGUCAUCUGCUGAUUUCCACAGGCCACAAGCACAACAGGAGUUCAUAGCCCCACAGAUCAUUCUUUCAGCAACAGGAAGCAAGCCGUACAGGGAGAAGGGGAACAUCAUUAAAGAGUUUUCUGCCUUAAAGCAUGAGCUUCCUGUCAAUGUCCACCUCCUGACUUUAGCUCAGUGGGAUGACCAGUCUGUGCUGAUCCGGCUAGAAAACCAGUUUGAACAGAAGGAGAGCAGCAAUUAUUCUCAGCCAGUCACUGUGAAUUUGCUGGAUUUGUUUUCAGCCUUCACCAUCACGUCUGUGCAAGAAAUGUCACUUGGCUCAAACCAGCUAAAGGAGAAAAUGUCACGAAUGAAGUGGAGGAACACAGCUGAAUCGCCAUCUGGUAAACAAGUGGGGAGUUCCAUUACAAGAGAUUUUGCCAAAGUCCUGCUGAACCCCAUGGAAAUUCGUACCUUUCUGGUCUCUAUCAAACAUAACAACCCAGCUUCAUGGGAGUGAUGGGUUUUGCCACUGUACAAAAGAGCUGCUGCCUACUUGAUUUGCAAGCCGGGAAAGAACACGUCUAUUUUACAAAAAUUUUCAGAGAUGCCUUACAGCAUAUGCUGAUAAAUUCAUAUUUUCAUUGCCUGGACCAACAUUGUGAAGAAUGUAAAAAAUGCAAAAUAAGGUUCCAUUAUGACA